GAUUCUUUCCAUCUACCCCCACCUACUGCUUGUAAAUACAAGCAACACCCUGGCUGGCACGGUUCAAACCAAGCUUUCUCUACCCAAGUCCUGCGCCGGCCGCCGCUUCUUCUCCUUGCAUCCGGUUCAGGAUUUCCAGCGGCCUCGACUCCCGAUCCGGUCUCCGUAGGAGCGUCGGUAUCCUCGUGUCUCCGGCAGUCUUUCGAACCUCGGUUGGUCCCGAUUGGCGAGAAACCCCCGCGUCGAAUUGGCGGCCAAGGGGCGCGGGACGCAUCAUUCGAUUCUUGGCGGCUGCUUGCCUGCUUGUGCUUGAGCGCUUAACAGAACUUCGCGAGCUGGGCUUUCUCUAGGUGGAAAGACAAUUUGAUUUGGAGAUGGGGCCGGAAAUGAUAGAGCAGGAUGGAUGGUAGGAAAAGGAAGGGGAAAUUCAGGAAUUCUCUCAGGCGUAUGGCUAUGGAGUGCCUGUGCUCUGGUGAGCAGUUGAAGGCGUCAGAUGAGACCAUGCGGUCAUCUGAUUCUACGAUCACAAAGGAUUUCUCGGCCAGUGGGUACUCUUCUCGGAAUGGAGAGAUUGAGCAGUACCUUGAUAAUGGCAACAUAGAGGAAGCCGAGUUGUCGCUCCGGGAGGGCAUUUGCCUAAAUUAUGAGGAAGCAAGGGCAUUGCUAGGAAGGCUAGAAUAUCAACGGGGUCAUGUAGAGGCAGCACUCCGUGUCUUUGAUGGGAUAGACAUAUCUGCAUUAGUUCCUAAGAUGAAAAUCUCAAUUGCUAGAAAAACAGACCGUCGGAAGACUCAUUCACAGUGGGAUUCCCCACCAAUGCCCUUGCAUGCUGUCAGCCUUCUCAUGGAGGCCAUAUAUCUUAAAGCAAGAGCACUUCAUGAUCUUGGGAAAGAUAAAGAAGCUGCACAAGAAUGUAGAAUGAUAUUGGAUAUUGUGGAAGCAGCUGUACCUGAGGGCUUGCCAGCAGGCUUUGGGAAAGGCUGUAAAUUGAACGAAAUAAUAUGCAAGGCUGUAGAGUUGCUCCCUGAGCUGUGGAAAUCAGGGGGGUUUUCACUUGAAACCAUUUCUUCAUAUAGGAGGUCACUUCUUAAUAAUUGGAAUCUUGAUGGAGAGACAAUAGCAAGGAUACAAAAGAAAUUUGCUGUUUUUCUCCUAUAUAGUGGUUGUGAAGCACGCCCUCCAAAUCUUCAUUCUCAGUUGGACGGUUCAUUUGUACCUCGCAACAAUAUUGAAGAGGCUAUCCUUCUUUUGAUGAUUCUUUUGAGGAAGUCCAAUCUCAAGAGGAUUGAGCAAGAUCCCUCUGUGAUGCAUCACCUUACUUUUGCACUGUCCAUGUCAGGACAGCUAAUUCCACUGGCUGGACAGUUUGAAGAAUUGUUACCUGGUGUGUUAGACAAAAAAGAAUGGUUGUACAGCGUUGCAUUGUGUUAUUUAGCAGAAGAAGAUGAUCUGAGUGCCCUGAAUCUACUCAAAAUUAUACUAAAAUCUGGAGAGGACUCCGUUCAACUCAUAGAACUGCUUCUAGCUUCAAAGGCUUGCAUUGAGAUGAGUAUUCAUACUGAAGGUGCUUUUUAUGCAAGGAGAGCCAUUGCAAAUAUGCAGGGAGGAUGCAAACCAAUGGCAGGACUUGCAAACCUAUUGCUUGGUGUUGCACUUUCUAAUCAGGCUAGAAGUGCAAUAUCUGAUACAGAUAGAGCUUCUUGGCAGUGCGAAGCACUGGAAGCCCUUGGGAAUGCUGAAAAAAAUAUACAUGGGAAAGAUUCUAGGGCAUUAUACAGUCUCAGCCUUGAAAAUGCUGUGCAGAGGAAAUUAGAAUUAGCUGCCUUUUAUGCAAAGAGGCUGGUGAAACUUGAGGCUGGAUCAGAGUUGAGGAGUUGGCUCCUUUUAGCUCGAAUACUUAGUGCUCAAAAGCUGUUUGCUGAUGCUGAAACAGUUGUUGAUGCUGCUCUAGAUCAAACUGGGAAAUGGUGUCAAGGAGAUUUAUUGCGAACCAAAGCCAGAAUUCAGGCUGCACAGGGGCAAUUUAGAGAAGCGGUUGAAACAUACACCCAACUUCUUGCUAUCAUUCAACUUAGAACGAAAAGUUUAACUGCUGGAGUUUGCUUGCCAAAGGGCAACAAGGAUGAUAAAGGCCUGGAAACAGAGACCUGGUAUGAUCUAGCUCUCUUAUACCUAGGUAUGGCACAAUGGAGGGAUGCAGAGGUUUGUGUAUUGAAGAUAAGAUCCAUCAGUCCUUAUUCUGCAUUGGCUUGGCAUGCUACAGGAAAAAUAUAUGAAGCAAAAGGUCUUAGAAAAGAAGCUUUGGGAGCUUUUUUCAGAGCCUUAGAUCUUGAUCCUAAACAUGUCCCAAGUUUAAUAUCAACUGCCACUGUUCUACAACAACUUGGUGACAGGCCAUUGCCUUCUAUACGGUGCUUCCUGACUGAUGCAUUACAACUGGAUAGAACUAAUCAUGUUGCGUGGUUCAAUCUUGGCCUUCUUUACAAAGAGGAAGGUGGCAGGUCAGCAGCUGAGGCUGCUGAAUGCUUCCAAGCUGCUGCUUUUCUUAAAGAAACUGCACCUUCAGAACCUUUCAGAUGACAUCUACAGGGGCUAUAGAUAUAUUGGUCUCUAUCCAGCACUAAUGAAAUGGUACACCAGAUAACCAGCAACCGAUUGAAUUAUAUCAGUCUUCUUGUCUGGAUAUGCCCAAGUAUGAAGGGCAAUUGCUGGUAUGUGUUCUUUUCAACCAACCGAGUAAUGAUGAUACGGAGGCUUCCUAUUUCUUAGUGCGCCUUUAUCUUUACUGUCUGUGUACCAAAUUUGUUGAGGGUUGUCCAUGCCGAUGUUCAACCAUGCAGAUCAUUAUAAAAAAAAACUAUGCAGUUAAGUGGAGAAUACUGUUCGUCUAAAAAACUUUUAGUUAUAUGUAGUGCUGGUUUGAUUUUUUUCCGUAUUAUCAAUUAGUUUAACCACAAGAUCUGAAAAAUAUUUGAUCCUCCAAUAAUUUUUAGCUGUGAUUUAAUUCUGGCAUUUUCUCUUGUUUCCAGUUUACUAUAUUAUAGCAGUACAAUUUGUACAUGUGUUUAAUUUUCGAGUCACUAGGGUUUUAACCAUAUGAUAUUAUUUUUCACUCAUUUGUUGUCCAAUUGGUUUGAGUUGGUCUAUACAGGUAAACAUCUGGAAAGUUCAACCAUGGAUAUAUUGAGUUGUAAUGUAUGUAGCUAUAUGGAACAUGGAGUCAGUAAGUAGGAUACUAGAAAUGUAUACGUAUACCAUUGUUCUCAAUGACAUCUACUAGGGUUUUAUGUGUUUUUUUUUGACAUCUCUGCAAAUAAGGCAAGAUACCCAGCUUUGUUCCUUGGA